AUGGGAACUUCUACCACUCUCUCCAGCAAGACGAAGCCGAACUUCAAGAAGCUCAAGUCGAAGGAAAAAUCCUUUGCGAGUCGAUACGGUUUUGCGAAAAAAGUAAACUCUUCCGAAAUGACAGAGAAGCACUAUACUAAACCUCGAGCAAAUUAUGAAAGCAAGGAUGCUGCUUCGUGUAUUUUCAAGAAUGAAGACCUUGUAAUUGAGAUUAUGAAAUUUCUUGGGGUUCGAUCAAUGGUAGCCUUUGGCUCGUGCACCACAGGCCUUAGAGAUGGCUUGGAAAGGGAAGUCAAGCGACGCAAAAAAGUGUUUGCGACUUGCAACAGUCGAGUCAAAGCAUUAUUGGAAGAUGCGAAUCCCUGCUCUUCCAAAGUCUUAUCGGCAAGAAGAAUCUAUUCAGCAGCUGAACAAAUGGUUGACGAUGAAUUGCGUUUCUUAGAAAUGCCGCGUCGUCGAUUUCGAGGCCUUUCCAGAUAUCCUUUCAAAGACGAAGCCCAACAAUUCAUGGUAUUGAAGGCAGGUACCGAUGAGCCUCCAGUGUUUCAAAUGUUACCCGUGAGUUUCUACUUUCCGUUGAGUGGAGGAACAACUUUCCAACCGAGCACUCAGGAGCUUCAGCUGGCGAUGGAGCGGGCAAUGAACAUUGUGGGGCUACAGGACUGCACAUACGUAAUUUUCGGGCAACAUGUCCCUUAUGGCGAUGAUCCAAAUCACCCUUUUCGCAAGUUUGAGCAUUCUGGAGCGGAUUUCUUCCGCAAUCUCAUGACAAUUGCAGCCAAUUGCCUCCAAUGUGAUAUCAGAGCUCUGGAAUCGUUCCGAAUCGUGGCUAGAAAGCUUGCGCUGUCGUGUCCUCGUAGCCAAGACUGUCUUCACUUCGUGCUCCACUCGGCGGAUCUGAAGGUGAAGGACGAUCGCUGCCAGCGAGUUCACGUUGAUAUAUCCAGAUGCGCCUGA